AUGUCCGUAUCCACCGACUUCCUGCCAAGUCGCGACCUGCGCCAACUGAAGGCGCUCGACUUGGCCUCGCCCGAAUGCCUAGACGAUGUGACCGCCAAUCUCGACAGUCUCGCCACCGUGCUCGGCGCCAGCGGUGGCCAGAUUCUUCACGCUCCCCCACAACCUACGCACAACGACACGCAAGCUCACGAUGACUUGCAGUCUUCCGUCGAGGAUCCACCGCAAGAGACGGAUGCAUUCGAACAGCGUUACAUCACCCGCUGGCUCACCCGACUCGUCUCCGAGUUUGCUAUGACCAGCGCCGAUUCGCAAGAAAUGCAGGACAGGUGCGAACUUCUCUCACAACAAUGUGCCGAGCUGCUUGCCCUAGCAGCGGGCAAGAUGGCUGCGGGUGCUUCGAUUCAGGACCACAUCUUUCAACUCUCUGAUGGCGAGCUCACCGUCAAGCUCCGAGACGGUGCACUUGUACACGACUCGCUAGGCACACAUACGUGGGGGGCUGCCCCCAUCCUUUCGCAGCUCCUUCUCCCCAUCGACGCAGAUCCUCAGCGCGACCUCGACGUUCUCGAGCUCGGGGCAGGCACCGGUCUGGUCGGACUCUCACUUGCGCGAUGGUCGCGGCAACACCGUCGCGAUGCAGGCACUCGCGUGGUGUGCACAGAUCACCAUCCUACCGUGCUCGAGAACCUGGCGCACAAUAUCCAGCUCAACCGCUGGCCAGAGAGCGUCGCUCAAGCAUCGCAAGCCCGGGUUGAUGUUACAGCCCGCUGUCUGGACUGGCAGAGCGUGCACCAAGCUCGCAGUGGCCAAGCUAGCUCGGCGUAUCAACUGUUGACAUCGCAGACCGUGCCGAGCCAUCUAGUCGCUUCCGCGCAAUCCGACUGGGCGCGAGACCUUGACAUUGGCACCUGUCAGCGUAGCUUUGACUUGAUCGUCGCAGCAGACUGCAUCUACGAUCCCGUCCAUCCUCUGUGGAUCCGCUCGGUGGCCGAGUCGCUUCUGAAGCCUGCCGACCCCUCGAGCGGCGUUCAGCCAUUGCUCCACAUCAUGGUGCCGCUGCGCCCCACGCACCAGGCCGAGAUGCAGGCAGUGUAUGAGGCCUUUGCAGCGGACCGUCCAGGCGACCGCGGUCUGCGUCUCGCCAUCCAGGCCCAGAGCGACUACCAGGGCUACGAGAACUUUGGCGCCUGGAACUCGGUCGUCCGUGCAGCCGGCCCGGCUCAGCUUGCGCUCAGCUGGCUCUCGGCUGCGUUCGUCGGUGCAGUGCUGGGCUGGGCUGGGCUGGGCUGGGUUGAGUACAAACGCUGCACUGCACCUCGAUUGGGUGGGCACCUCAUCUCGCCGAGGUGGUGCGCCCAAUUCCAAGCGUCCCGAGCCGCUACACCCCCCUUCGCUCCCACCACCACCGCUCCUCUGCACUCUGCGCCCCUGUUGGUUAUCAACAAAAAGUUGCCUUCUGGCUUGCCUCCGCCAUUGGCUGCGUCUGGCUCGGGUAGAGCCGCCCUCGUCGCCGUCCGUUUGCCCUCCUCGACACCGUCCAGCCGCCGCCCACCGGCUCCUCGCGGCAUCUCCUGCCUCUGUAUUGCUCCGACUGUGUGCGCCUGCCAUCUGCCCCUGCCCUCUCCCUCCCUCCCUCCCUCCCUCCCUCCUAGUCACACGCAGCAGCAUCCGCGACCCACCGAGCACUUCAUCCGCAACUCUUCUGCGAAGCUUCGACGGGAGGCGCAACAGCAACCAUUCGUCUCGACGCCACCGGCCGGAUGGAUGGAUGGAUGGCUGCCCCGCUCGACGGCUCAGUCGCGCGCGCGUGUGCCCCUCGAUCGCGGCUCAGUCGCCAACGCGAGUGGCGUCGAUCGGGCUGCGCUGAUGCGACGCGUCGGCCAGCACGCCCCCACUUCAUCGCGCGUCGCAUCCAUCCAUUCCUCCUCCACCUUUGCCUCUACUUCCGGGUCUCUCACCACCGACCCCUUCCCCGCCUUCAUCUUUGCCUCGGUCGACGCAGUCAUUGACCCGUCACCACCUCGCUGUCUCCACCCCUCUUCGACUCACUGGCAGGCCUCACCGUCGCCACCUGAUUCGUUCCUUCGCUCGUGCUGUCGUCGUUCGAGUUCACUCCAGACGCGCCACCUCGUCUCGCCGCAAGAAGCGGCUGCACAAGCUCAGGCGCGAAGGAUGCAAUCUUCUGACACUCACCACAAUCAUCACCAUCACCCUCACGCAGGCUCCGACGACGCUCAAGGUAGCCAGUACUUCAACCCAGCAGCUAUGCACUCACGAAACCUCGGUAUGGACAACGGUAACGCCCCGUCUCACUACGGAGGCAUGCAGCUUCCUCCCCUCGGCGCCGGCCAAAGCAACGGCGGCCACGGAAACAUGGGCCACCACGCCUACGGCUCCCACUUUGGCGGCCAAGGUCACGCCAUGCCUUCCCAGCUCUCGUAUCCCCAGCACUCGCCCAACCCUUCCCAUGCCCACAUCUCCGGCGGCCAGAACGCCGGUCCCAUGUCGAUGUACGGAUACGGCGUCCACCACUCGUCGCCCCAGCAGCACUACUCGCAUGUGCCCGGCCAGGCUGCUCACGGAGGCAUGGGUGGCAUGGUCGGCGGCGCCGGCUCCAACCCCAUGAUGGGUGCGCCCGGCGGCGGCUCUUCGGGCAACGACUUCAACCACGGCUUUGGUCAGCAGUCGCACUACCACCAGUACUUCCAGCCCCAGAACCUCCAGAGCAUCUCCCCCAGCCAGGCAGGUGCACCCCCUGCGGCGUCCAACGCCGCCUCGGCUCCUGCCCCCAACGCGGCCGGCUCCGCUGCUGCCAAGGGCUCCGCCAAGGCCGCCAAGGGUGCAAAGGCUCCCAAGGCCCCCAAGGCCCCCAAGGCUGACAAGAAGAGUGCUGCCGCCGCCGCGCCCCCUGCCAAGGCAGCCCCCGAGCCCAAGGGCAAGGCCUCCAAGAAGGGCGCGAGUGCCGACGCUCCCAAGGCCAAGUCCAAGGCCCAUCCCUAUGCGCAGCCCGAAGCCGCCGCCGACACCAAGCCCGCCAAGAAGCAGAAGAAGGAGGACCCGCCGAAACCGUCGGCGCUCAAGUCGCGCCUAAAGCCGCCCAAGCAGGCGCCGUCGGCUUGGCAGAUCUUCUUCACCGAGGAGCUCCAGAAGAUCAAGGCUCAAAGUCCCGACGAACGCCUCAACGUCGCGCACGUCGCCAAAGAUGCAGGUCAGCGAUACGCCGCGCUUCCCGAGUCCAAGAAGCAAGAGUUCCACCGCCGCAGCCUCGAGGCCAAGGAGCAGUGGGAGCAGGAGAUGGCCGACUGGAAGGCCAAGCUGACGCCCGAGGACAUUCGCCAGGAGAACCUCUACCGAUCCGCCCAGCGCAAGGCCGGCAAGUCGAGGAAAGGCAACCUCAAGGACCCUAAUGCUCCCAAGAAGCCCCUGUCCGCCUACUUCCUCUUCCUCCGCGCCAUCCGUGCCGAUCCCAACAUGACGCAGGCGGUCUUUGAAGGCGAGCAGGAGACGACCAAGCAGAGCGUGCUCGCCGCCGCCAAGUGGCGCAGCCUCAGCGAGACAGAGAAGCAGCCUUACUUGGAUCGCGCCGAGGCCGACAAGGCACGCUACGAGCGACUCCGCCGUGAGUACGAGAGCAGCAACGGCCUCGAGUCGUAA